AUGGCCAAGUAUACAACGACGAAAGAAUACGACGAAAAGACGGCAUCAUCAUGGCUCAUAUGCCGUACAUGCGGGACGCAAUUCCCCAGCUCGGACAGGAACAGCACGAGGACAUGCCACAUCUGCGACGACGCGCGACAAUUUGUGCCCCAGACAGGGCAGUCGUUCACGACUCUGGACGAGCUGCGGCGCGACGGCCAUGCGAAUGUCUUUACACCGUAUCACUACAAGACCAGGGCCGGGACCAGCUCCAGCACCGGCAAUGACGAGUCGGACGCAGAGAUCAUCUUCAUCGAGACCCAGCCGAAGGUGGGCAUCGGCCAACGCGCGGCACUCAUACGCACGCAGGGCGGCAACGUGCUGUGGGACUGCCUGACGCUCCUGGACGACGAGACGACGUGCCGGGUGCGCGGGCUGGGCGGCAUCGACGCCAUGGUCAUCAGCCACCCGCACUACUACACCACGCACGCGCAGUGGGCGCGCACGUUCGGAUGUCGGGUGUACGUUGCCAGCGAGGACGAGUGCUGGGCGACGAUGCCGUGCGCGCGCAGGGUCGGCCUGACGCGGACGGCCACGGACGUGCUGGAGGGCGUCACGGCCAUCAAGCUGGGCGGGCACUUCCCCGGGUCGAUGGUGCUGCUGUCCGGGGGUCACCUGUUCGUGGCGGAUACGCUGGUGACGACCCCUUCGGGGAUGGGGGACUGGUCCGUGGACGGGGCGGGCCGGGCGCGCGGCAGACCGCCCGGGAUGAACACCUUCGCCUUCAUGUGGAGCAUACCCAAUAUGAUACCGCUGCGGGCGGAGGAGCUGGUGCGCAUGUGGGGUGUCCUGAGGGGGUACGAGUUUCGCGCGACGCACGGCGCGUUUGCGGGGACGGAUAUUGAGGAUGGGGAGAUCAGGGAGAGAGUCAGGGAGAGUAUGGCGAUACAGGCUGCUUCCAUGGGCGACGGGGCUCUGGGGUUUUCUUACGAGGGUGGCCGGUAG